AUGGAGGGUCUCCCAGAGGCACUGCUUGCAGAGAUCUUGAAGAGGGUUACCAAGACAAGUGAUCGUAAUUCUCUUUCCCUCGUGUCGAAGCAGCUGUGCACCGUCGAGGCAGAGCACAGGGAUGCUAUCCGUGUUGGCCGUGGACUCAAACCUACAAUAGCAGCCUUGGUAUCGCUGUUCUCCCGGUUCCCCAAUUUGGUUAAAGUAGAUAUAAAUUAUUCUGGAUGGAAGCCCAGUUACAGGGGCCAGUUGAAAAACCAAGGCCUCCUUGUUCUAUCAUCUCACUGCCCCUUGCUGUCUGAUCUUGCUUUAAGCUUCUGCACUUCCAUUGAUGACUCUGGUCUUGGUUAUCUAGCUGACUGCAAAAGUUUGAUGUCCCUCAGGCUGAACCACACACCAGCUGUCACUUCUACUGGGAUUUUUCGGGUGGCGGUUGGUUGCAGGCAUCUUUCGGUUCUCCACCUUGUUGACUAUACGGGAGUAGACAACAUGGAGUGGCUUGAGUACCUUGGGAGGUAUGGAUCGUUGAGGGAACUUGUUGUAAAGGAUUGCAAUGGAAUCAGCCAGUAUGACAUCAUAAAAUUUGGUCCAGGAUGGGCGAAUCUCCAAAAAUUUGAGUUCGAGAAUAAUGGAAAUUACUGGAUGACAGGGGCCCGUGACCCCUCCAACGUGUCUGGAUACCCAUAUAGCUAUGACAUCUGCUGUGAUAGUUUGAAGGACCUUAGGUUGGCUCAUUUUAGAACUCAGCCAGAGAUUGGACUUCUUUUUCUCCUGGGGAAGUGCAAAGCAUUGGAGACACUUUACCUGGAGUAUGUUAUUGGUAUAAAUGAGAAUGAGAUGAUUGCACUAUUCCAGAGGUGCAGCAACCUUAAGACCAUCUCACUUCGGCUUAUGCCUGUGCGAUGUGAAGAUUAUGAGUUUAGGACGCCACUGACUGAUGUUAGCCUUAAGGCUCUAGCUCUCAGCUGCCCUAUGCUUCAGGUUGUAGAGCUCACUUUCACAUAUUGCGAACACAAGUAUCCUACCAGAAUUGGCUUCACACAAAAGGGUAUUGUGACGCUCAUCCAAUCUUGUCCAAUUCACACUCUUUUGCUAGAUGGUGCCAACAUUUUUAAAGACAAGGGGAUGAAGGGCCUCUCAUCCUCGCGGUUCCUGGAGACACUCAAGCUCGUGAAUUGCAGGUCUGUUACUGAUGCUGGUAUUGGUUUCAUUAUUCAGGCUCCUUCCUUGAGCAGUCUCAUCCUCUGCGAAUGUGAGAAAGUGACAGAUGAUGGAAUGGCUGCGCUGGUACGUUUGCAGAAGUUGGAGUCCUUGAACGUUAUAGGGUGUUGUAAGGUCUCUGAGGAGGGUGUCCAGGGUGCUGCCAGAUCAGUUCACUACGCGGCAGAGGUGGAACGCUAUGACAUCCUAAAAGGAAUAAAGCUCACUCAGUCUUGGGAGUAA